AUGAAUUUUCAAUCUACUGGAAAAGGGGUCACCUUUUUUUCAUCUGAGAGCCAGAAAUACGAAAGGCCCAAGGAUGAUCAAAAGGAAGAGUUCAACACGUGGGUCAAUAAUAUGUACGUCUUCUUUGUGAACACGCUCUUUCACGCGUAUAAACGUGAAGAAGCUAUCAAGGAGAAAAUAAGGGAAGACAGGUUACGCAGCACAGCACGGGCCCAGCAGCGGAAGACGGAAGAUGACGAACUGGAAGCAAGGGUGAAUAUCUUUAUCUUGAGAGAGGAAGAAGCCACGAGACAAGACUAUGAGGUGGACAUCACGGUGAUCAAGGAGCCGGUGGACGUGUCAUCCUCUUGUCUCAUACUGGACCCUCCCAAGGAGGACAUGACCAUUUCCCCGUCCAGCAAGACCAUCACCAGCAAGAAGAAGAAGAAGUAGGAGCCCCGAGGACACACACAGAGGCUUAGGACAGCGCGUGCGGUAAGAGUUCCUGAGCAUUACAGUGCUUAGCACUG